UGAAGCUUCAAACAUAGCAAGAGAAGCCUAAUUAAAAUUUUCUUGAUCUCUUGUUAGUCAUUUCUCUAAUGGCUUCUUUUGGUAAGCAGGUGUUUUUCUUCUUUUUUCUAGUGAUUUUCUCCUCUAUCCAAGCUAGAGAGAGCACGUUCUUUAGUAAGUUCACACAUUAUAGCAUCACAAAAAACAAUGGUAGGAAAGAAUCCACCAUUUCUUCAGUACCAAUUCAAGCACCUACAUUAGCACCAGCUCCAGCAAUAGACUUUCUACCAGAUGUGCCAUUACUAGCACCAGCACCAGCACCGGUCCUCGGCGAGAUUGAGGAGGGCUAUGACCUUUUCGGUGAGGGAUCAGGAACUUCCCCUCGUAAGGAGACUUCAACCACCACCACCACCACCACUGCCGUUGAUGAAAAUGAGCUUUUGAAUGAAGAACUGGAUGGUGUGCCCUUUGACCAGAAGUACGAAAAUAGCAACUACAACAACAACGGCUACAAAGUUGGCAGUGCUAGAUAUGAGACAGGCAAUCAAAACAACAAUGGCUACACCAACAACUAUUACAACAGUGGCUACAAACUAGCUAGUGAAAGCUACGAAACAGAGAAUAAAAAUAGUGAGAAUGGCUACACCAACAACUACAACAACAAUGGCAACACCAACAACAACUACAACAACAAUGGCUAUACCACAAACUAUAAUAACAAUGGCUAUGAGACUGAGAGACAAGGGAUGAGUGACACAAGAUUCAUGGAGGGUGGUAAGUAUUAUUACCAUGUGAAGAAUACUGAAAGACAAGGAAUGAGUGACACAAGGUUCAUGGAUGGUGGUAAGUACUAUAACAAUGUGAAGAAUACUGAGAGACAAGGAAUGAGUGACACAAGGUUCAUGGAUGGUGGUAAGUACUAUAACAAUGUGAAGAAUACUGAGAGACAAGGAAUGAGUGACACAAGGUUCAUGGAGGGUGGUAAGUACUAUAGCAAUGUGAAGAAUGAGAAUUAUUAUCCUGCUAACGAGUACGUGUCAGGGAAGGUAAGCACUCAAAAUCAAGGUUCAUAUGGAAAUGAUGAGAACCCACAUGAAUUCAACACCAUGGAGGAGUACGAGAGCCAGGAGGGAUAUGAAGAAAGCCAGGAGGAGUCUUUACCUUGAAUACUAUUAUUGUUGUUAAUUUGUAGAGAAAGAAAAGUUAAAGAAUUACAGAGGGAGAGCCUUUGAUAUAUAUUUGAGAGCAAGGCUAAGUUGUGAGGUCAAAUUAUCAAUUUCCCAUUUCAUGUUUCAUUUUCUUAUUUGGUUUUGGGUCUUGGCACUAUUUUUCAUGGUUUGUGACUCAAAAGGGAUGGGGAUUCUACAGUUUUUCACUUUCGAGUGAAACAUUGUCCUAUCAAGGAUCUUUAAUUUGAGCAUCCAUUGAGUUCUUCAAAAAUAUAGCACAUGAAUGCAUGAAAUGAAGUUCGGUGUGGUUAAAUUA